AAACAGAGCUUUUGUAAAACUUCCACUGUGAAGCUUUUCUCCGAAACUCCCUUCUUGGUGUUUCACAAAUGUUUGCCUUGUGUUUGUGUGGUGGUUUGUGGUAGUGGUGGACCACAUGUGGCCCAACCAGCCCUCUGGCCUUAUCUUGAAAAUUGUGUUUUCAUGUUUUAGACAGUUAUGUUGUGCACCAGAUUGAUAUAUUUCAGGGAACAAAAGAAUAAUUAUAAAAUGACCUGUCUACUUCUUAACCAAGCCUUUGUUGUUUCAAACAAACACAUUCUCUCGCCUCCCUCCACAGACACUCUCUUAUAUGUUGCAAACCCUGCUGACAGGUCAGUACAGUGUGUUUCCCAACAACGUGUCAUCACCACAGGUCCACCUGAUCAUGCACCAGCUCAACCAGUCUUACACCCAGCUGGCCUGGCAGCAAAACAACGUGCAAAGGCUAAAGCAGGUCCUGAACGACCUCCUCCUCCAGCAGCAGCAGCAGCAGCAGCAGCAGCAGCAGCAGCAGCAGCAGCAGCAGCAGGCUUCCUCCUCAGCAGCAGGGUGGCAGACCCAGACCCAGAAGCCCGGCUCGUCCCAGGAGUCCAGCUCCGGCCCCUCAGCCUCCCCCGGUGUAUUCCUCCCCUUCUCCUCUAACCUUCAGCCUUCUACCAACAACAUGUCAACUGCAGCCUUAUCCCCAUUCCCUCCCGGCUUUAACUUAUAUCCACUCUUCCCUGCUCCCAUGGGCGAGUUCCCUCAGAGUGCAGCAGGCCAGCCCGCCCCCGACCAACGGAAGCAGCAGUUAGACCCCAACGCCUCAACCAAAACAGAGUACAUGACUUUCCCCCCUCCACUGCAGCGCUCUCCUCUGAACACCACCACAGAGACGGGAGCGUCUGGCUGGCUUAAUACCUCGUAUGCGAACAACACCGUCCAGCAUCACCAGUCCAACACGGAGCACCAGGAGUCUCCCUCCUCCUCCCCCAUGUUUGCCAGCCGCCAUCCCAGACAUCAAGAAUUUGACAGAGCAUCACAGGAAAGCUUCAGCACCAUGCCUGACCCUGUGGAUCCCACCACCGUCACAAAGACCUUUAAGGCCGGACGCAAGGCCUCUGCACAGGCCAACCUGGCCUCAAGAACCAAGACCCCCAACUCCAAGAGCCGCCGCAGGAGGGGCAAAGGGCUCAAGAACAGUGAAGGCCAUGAGAGUGACAGUGUGAGCAGCACUGCAGACUUUGUCCAGGAGAGGGCGGCGCUGUCCCGUCAGAAGGAUCAGAACAAGAGUCUGUUGGACAGGCUGACCCAGGAGAAACUCGACAGCAAAUCUAAUCUGGGGAGCAAACGAAACGACCUCUCCUCUGCCUAUGCUUGGAGGACACCCUUCCUCUCUGACAGAAUUGCAUGCACAGAAGCACCAGACGCAAGCAGCGACUUCUCCCUGUUCGAGGCGCUGAGGGAGACCAUCUACUCUGAAGUGGCUACGUUAAUAUCCCAGAAUGAGUCCCGUCCACAUUUUCUCAUUGAGCUCUUCCAUGAGCUGCAGCUGCUGAACACAGACUACUUACGGCAGAGGGCGCUGUAUUCCCUCCAGGACAUAAUGAGCAGACACUGUCGGAGCCCAGAGCGUGUAAAGAUUUUUACAGAUGUCUCUAAAUCUACUGUUUGUUUUUAGCAACACUAUGCUUGCACCCUCAAUCUAUUCUGGAUGUACGGUUGUUGAUUCUCUAUCUGUUAGUUUUAACGAGCGAAGGCUCAAAAUAUCUGUUACAAGUUAGCUGUGACUCUUGACACACAACGGAUAAAACUACAAAUAAUCAACACUUAGUUUAUUUUAUUCCCGAAUGUUUAUUGUGAUUUGUGGGUGAUCUGGGGAGGGGGUGGUCUUUAUGCUGCUGAUGAUUGACAGUUAAGCCUCUGUCUGAAUCUUUAUAGUCCUUAAACUCCUGUUCAGAUUCGCCUUAGUCUCCUUGGUUCUGGGAUUCAACAUGUAUUGUGAUUUGGUUUUAAGUGUUUUUUUGUCUUGGCCUUGUUGUUACACGGCUCGUCUUUCUGCACUUGACUCCUAAUGAUACAGAGCUGACAGAAGGAUUGAAGUUCAGUUGUAGCCCGGCUGAUCAGAGCGAUUCCUUUCCCCAGCUUGAACACUUUUUCCUUCGUCAGAGCUCAAAGCUUAGGUUUACAUUUUAUCCCUGUUAACACAUCUUUAUAUACUGUUCUGUUUUCCCUCCAUUGAUUUCCAUGUAAUUAAAAUGUUGACUAAAGUAAUAAGUUUGAAAUAAUAAAAUGCUGGAACUUUAAA